ACCAGACCAGGAGAUCCAACAGGACAUCUGUGGAAAGAGGACCCUUUGUGUCAUUGACCUCUAGGUCUUCCCUGCACAGCAUUUGUUUUUCUUUUGGUCUCUCACUCUGUCGUCUUCUCUCUAUCCUUCUCUUUUUCUCUCCCUAUCCAUCCCUCUGCCUUGCUCUCGCUCUCUCUCUCUCUCUCUCGCGCUCUCUCUUUCUCUUUGUUCUCUGUCACAGAUAUGAGGACUUUGGUUUUUUUUCCGCUGUAGAUGAAAGCGUCCUUUCAAGCUCAUUUUAAAUGAACUGCUGCCCUGCGACUGACUGGGACUGUGGUCAAGGCAAGCGCCACCCGCCACUGUCACCGCCGACGCCGACGCUGCUCCAUUCUUCGCCCGUCUGUCCUCAAUGGUGCGGCUCGCGGUUUUGCCCCACAGGCACCCUGAGACCGAGACCCUAGAGCAAGCCCCGGGCGCCUGGGACGAGCCGGCAGAAACUGGGAUCAAAGGGCUGCCUGCUGGCUGGCCGCUGGAACAAGGGUGUAUCAACGGAGCAGGAGAAAAAGUUCAGGGAAGAAAUUGGGAAGGGUGGGGUACAUGGGUGCAUUUUCAAAAUGAAAGUGUGCGUGGUACAGAAAGUUCUGCUGGGGUUAAUUAGUAAUUUAUAGUCAAUUGCCUCAAAACCUUUUUGUCUGUCCAAUAUAAUGCAAUUAGGCAAGUGAUGGGCAAAGCAAUGCUAUUUUCCUUUCAUAAACUAAUGGUAGCAUUGUUUGUCCCCAUUGACCUAUUAUGCAAUACACAGUAUAGUAUAGGCCUGUAUCAAAGACUUUACCAAAGCUGGUGUAGGCCUAUACUAAGCAAUCACACAGAGUAAGAAUUGUACUGGCACAAGACUAAGGGACCGUUGUCUAGUGAGAUGGCAGUUUAAUCCUGAUGGCAAACAUCGGCCGGUGCAACAUUAUUGUAACCCCCUCACUUCCAAUCAUGCCAAGGCAUCCAACAUUUACAGUGGAUGGAAAAAUGGGAGCUGUGAGGAGAAAGAGCCCUUUCAGAUGGACCUCUGGACCUCCGUGGAGAGAAACAAAGUUCCUUACAUGUAUACCUUUCGGAUAAUGAAUAUGGUGUCUCCAACGACGCGACUAUUGAUUUUCUCCUGGUUAAUCUUUCCUCUUUAUGAAGCCGAGAAAAUGAGACAUAGAGGACUCCGUCAGAAGGAUGCGGAAUACAUCGAAAAAUGCACUGACGGCGACUCAGACAAACAGAACUGCACCAGACAAUCAGAUGAAGCCCAAACUACCCACUAUAAAAUGUAUUCCGGCUGUGUCCAAGGACCUGCGGGCAUUCCAGGCCGAGAGGGGAAUCCAGGUGUGAAUGGCAUUCCUGGAACCCCAGGUGUGCCGGGCCGUGAUGGGGCAAAGGGUGAGAAGGGCGAGUGUGUGAGCGAAAUCUUUGAGGAGCCCUGGAAACCCAACUACAAGCAGUGCGCAUGGAAUUCCCUCAACUAUGGCAUUGACCUGGGCAAAAUUGCAGAGUGCACGUUCACCAAGCUGCGCUCGGACAGCGCCCUGCGCGUGCUCUUCAGCGGCUCCCUGAGGCUCAAGUGCAAGUCGGCCUGCUGCCAGCGCUGGUACUUCACCUUCAACGGGGCCGAGUGCGCCGGCCCACUGCCCAUCGAGUCCAUCAUCUACCUGGACCAGGGCAGCCCCGAGAUCAACUCCACCAUCAACAUCCACCGGACAACCGCAGUUGAAGGACUGUGCGAGGGGGUCCGCUCCGGCCUGGUUGAUGUCGCCAUAUGGGUGGGCACCUGCGGCGACUAUCCCCGCGGCGACGCCUCGACAGGAUGGAACUCCGUUUCCAGGGUGAUCAUCGAGGAACUGCCUAAAUAAAUAAUCCUUUUUCCACGUUUUUACAAUGUAAGAGACCAAACCAAGCCCUAUAUGUGCGUGAAGAAGUUACUUCUACAAAAGGAACUGUCGGUCAGGUAUCAAAUAUUAAUGACUUUCAGUAUGAUGUCAAUGAUAUCAAUAACACUACUGUGAUGACAACUGUAACAUUUUUGUCAGGUUUAAUCAAUUGUGUGACAAGUCAGAGAUAACUUAUAAACACAGUAAACUUCUAUUGUGAAAGUUCCUUAUUGCACAAUUGGGCUCUGUUACUAUUCUUGACUUUUAUACACAUCUGUUAAUAAAAUAAUUUUUAUAAAACCAAGGUUUGGUG